AAGAGGCGCUGUCACUCUCAAGACUCAUCAGCUAUCAGCGCUCCGUCACUGGACUGUACGGUGUGUCCUUCGUCCGCGCACAGAAAAUAACAAUAUUUAGAUAGUUUUUCUUUAUUGUACUCGAUAAAAAUGUCUACUUCGACCGGUGGCGGAGAGUUUGGCAACCCUCUGCGGAAAUUUAAGCUGGUUUUCUUGGGCGAGCAAAGCGUGGGCAAAACUUCACUUAUCACCAGGUUUAUGUAUGACAGCUUCGAUAAUACCUAUCAGGCAACUAUUGGUAUAGACUUUCUGUCAAAAACCAUGUACUUGGAAGAUCGCACGAUUCGGCUACAGCUGUGGGACACUGCUGGGCAGGAACGCUUCCGUAGCCUCAUUCCCAGUUACAUCAGAGACUCAGCAGCCGCAGUGGUGGUCUAUGAUAUAGCAAAUCUCAACUCUUUCCAGCAAACCUCAAAGUGGAUAGAUGAUGUCAGAACAGAGCGAGGAAGUGAUGUCAUUAUCAUGUUGGUUGGCAACAAGACAGACUUGGCUGAUAAAAGGCAAGUGUCAGUAGAGGCAGCAGAGAAAAAAGCUCGGGAACUGGGUGUGAUGUACAUAGAGACCAGCGCCAAAGCUGGUUAUAACGUCAAACAGCUGUUUCGUCGUGUUGCUGCUGCUUUGCCUGGAAUGGAUAGUACACCAGAGAAAAGCAAAGAGGACAUGAUCGACAUCAAACUGGAGAAGCCUCCGGAGCUGCCUGUUACCGAGAGCAGCUGCUCGUGCUAGUAACCACCCUCGUCCCCCGCCAGGCCCUGCGUCCCCCUCACUCGACCCCCUCACACACAAACAGCUUGCCUCUCAGUGGUCACUCGCUCCUCUCGCGGCCCCGUGUCAUGAGCGGACAACCUUUUCUUUCUCUUCGACUCAGUGACUUUUCAGAGUAACCGUGUGGAUGUGCUAUUACUCUGUAUUAAAAUGGAUUCCAAAAUUACAUAUAUUAAUUGGGGAAAAAGUCAAUCACAGCAUAGAUUAAAUACUAAAACCAUUCAGAUUCUCAUCUGUUCUGGCUGCAUGGCAUUAUAUGGGAUUGCAGACUGACAUACAUCACAUGCUCUUGAGUUUUUUCACACCUCAGUGCCGUCAUUGUGAAUUUACUAUGUUUCAGAGCUGGGGCUGGUGUCAUCAUUUUAGGCAUUUUUUUUUAAUUUCACUGGAGGAAGAACUUAUUUUAUCGAGAGGCUGUAAACUUGUGUUACUGAUUCAUUAUUAUUAUUAAUUUUUUUUUUUUUACAUGAGCAUUACACUAUUUUGUUAGUGUGUUUUUUUUUGGCUGUAGUUAUUUAAAGAAAGAUACAGAAGGGAUCUCUUUUGAAAUUAUUGUUGUGAAAUAUCAUGGACACAAUAUUCUGUAUAAUCGGAUGUUUUCGUGUUAAAUAUGGUAUUAGGGACCAGAUAUCAUUUAAAGAUCUUUUUGUUUCAGGAAAUACACAUGUAUGGCCAAUGAAAUAGCGGUUCUGUUUGUGACAAGCCUCAUGCUGGACAGGCUAAUUUUAUACAGGAAUCUUCGGAGGGUUGCAUGGAUUUAGAAUGUAUUGAGCUGUAGGGAAAAAAUUAGGAUUUAAUAUUCUUAGAACAGGGAAGUUGCUUUGUAAACGUAUUUAAUUUUGUCAAAACUCAAAACCUUAGAUAUUUUAAUGACAUAUCCACAACUGUAGUUACAAAACGUUAAUUGUAAUAACGUGUACUCACGAAACACUUCAUUCUGAGCUUGGAUAUGGAAAGCAGUUCACACUAAUCCACUCAUUUUCAGCCUUGUUUUUUGCUGCGCAAGUGUAGGAACAGCAUGCAGUUUAGAGACGGUUUAACACAAAAUGCCUUGCUUGUUUUGUUGUCAUAGUGCACCAGGUCAGGCCACAGCUCUGUGGUUUGCUCGAGCCUAUUAACGUCGCAUAGAGCUAAUGAGGUUUUGUUAAACGGGAUGUUUAGAUUCCUUCCUUCAAACACGGCUAUUGCUAAGUGUACAGACACGUCUUGGUAUUGCUUGUCGUGAGACUGUUGGUUUCAUGUGUUUAUUUAUUAUCUCACUAGUUAGUGAAACAGUGUCGUAUGCUUGACUGGAAUGGCAGGUAGCAAUGUAUGGGAAUCAAAGGUUGAUGUAUAAUUUGCAUUGCUGCCUUGCUGCUGUAUCACAAAGACCUUGUCGUGGCACUAUCUUGGUCACGUUAAAGAUUUUCACGGCCCGUCUGUAAUGAUGGGUUUCUACAGUAUAGCUUGAAUGGGCUUUUAUUUGCUGGAGAGGUAUCACCGAACCCCCCAGCACUGUCGCUUUUCCUCUCAUUUUAAUGUAAACCGACAAAUCCUUUCAUCACUAAGACUAAAAAAGGGCAUCACGUGUGUUUUAAACAUUAACAUUUAAUAUGGUUUGAUAUGUAAGAAUUAAAAUAAAUACGAGUGAAAACCCUCCUGAACAGCUCUGUCACGUGUCACUGACUGAAUACUCAGCUGUGUGCUAUUCUGAAGUGUGCUGGUCUGUUUGAAUUACGCUGUCUACUAGUGUUUAGCAAAAUUUGUGUGAACAAAGUACUAUUAUUAUAUGCUGUAAAAAAUGGAAGGUUAACGAGACACCAAAAUGUAUCACAUGAAUAAAGAUAUUUCACCAAA